GGCCCCCUUCGUGCUCACCAAGGGCCUCUCCCACAACCCACAAGCAGAACUGCACUCCUCGCUGAGCUUAUUUGGGAGGAACAGAGUAUGCGCUUAUCGGUAUCAUCUGUCUAGGUCAUCUGACGUUCUAGACUGCCAAGCGAGCGAGCGUAUUACUCAUGUACAUGCCAUCGGUAACUGGACAAUUGCUACCCGCUGCCUUUGUGUACACGGAUUGGUUCUUCAACAAUUGACCAAGGCCUUCCUAGGCCGACCAAUACAUCGCUUUAGACGGCUAGUGAAUCAAACACCCUCGUCUUAGGGUGUGUCUAAGACGCGUUCGCCACCUGCUCUCAUAUCCCGCCCUUUCACCUCUCAGCAACACCUUACCAAACCACGCCCGAAGCAGAACAGCACCAACGGAACCGGAAAUAUGAAAGUUGCGUGUCUUCAGUUCGCCCCGGAGGUAGGCAAGUUGCAAGACAAUAUCCAACGCGCCGACAGCAUAUUAAAAGCCACCCAAAUACCUGCCGACUUGGCCUGGCUUAUCCUCCCGGAACUCGCCUUCUCCGGCUACAACUUCCAUUCGCUCGAGGAGAUUAAGCCCUUUCUGGAGCCCACAACCGCGGGCAUAUCCACCCAAUGGGCCCAACAGACUGCAAAGCACUACAACUGCCAUGUUACGGUCGGAUACCCAGAAAUCACAGUACCCUCUAGAAACCCGGCGGAUGUGCAGACGCAAUACAACUCGAUAGUAACCGUGUCGCCAUCUGGAGAGGUAAUCAACAACUACCGCAAAUCCUUCCUCUACUACACAGAUGAAACAUGGGCGUCAGAGGGUCCAGGCUCAAAGUCCCAUAACCUCUCCAACCCUGCAUCCCCAGACUCACCCUUCUUCGCCGGUGAGCUGGGAGAGCUGGGAAAUGUCACCCUGGGCAUAUGUAUGGAUAUCAAUCCUUACAAGUUCAUCGCUCCGUGGACAGACUACGAGUUCGCUUCAAAAGCACUGUCUUUUCAGUCGCCCAUCAUCUGCGUCUCAAUGGCUUGGCUGUGUCAUCUCUCACCGACUGAACUUGCAACCGACCCAUCACAACCAGAUGUAGCGACUGUCGCAUAUUGGGUUGAAAGAUUCCAGCCGCUCGUUGAGGAUAAAGGCGGCAGGCCGGUGUGUGUCAUCUUGGCAAAUCGAUGUGGAAUGGAGAAGGGGCUUUGCUAUGCGGGAAGCAGUACUGUUUUGCGUAUCGAUAAGGGCGUAGUCAGCCUCUACAACACGGCGGGCAAGAGCGAGGAGACCUGUUUGAUCGUGGAUCUGGCGGAUCGUCCCAAGUUUCAGGUGAGAAGCGGGCGGUAGUGGGAAUAGAAAGCGGCCGGUGUCUGGUUCUCGUGGCGUGGCUUCAUGUGGCGGUACUUGGCUUCAGCCAAGCCCAGCCAAGCCAGAUACGCUCUUGAGUAAACUGUAUAUACAGUCAUCCAUGAGGUAGUUUAGUAUUUGAGCUAGCAACUUAGAUGUGGACGGUCAACUUGUUCGGGAUGUUGUAGAAGUAAUGGUUGGGGUGGGAAAGCCUGCAAAGUUUUAUGUUCCC